ACUUCAUUUACCGUGUUAUGUAAUUUUGGAUUAAUAUGCUGUCAUUGAAGAUUACAAAUAUUUUCCAUAUCUCCAACGUUAUUACGAAAAUAUUUCAUUUAUUGUGACUGAUCUCAUAUAAGAAUCUUCACAUAAUACACUAAUAUACAUUCCAUAAAUUUGAUCAUCUUUUUCACAAGUCUAAUCCCGAAACCUUAUUACAACAUGUCGGCUAAAACUCGCCGUUCGAAGGAUCUUGCGGCCACAUUCCUCAUGGCUAUCGUGAUCCUCGCAUCUCCGAUCACAAUCAACGCCGAAGUUGACGUUAACUGCACACCUUGUCUCGAAAAUCCACCGCCUCCGCCACCUCCUUCUUGUACACCCGCGCCUCCUCCUCCGUCACCACCACCGCCGAAGAAGUCCUACUGCCCACCAUCGCCUCUGCCGCCGCCACCACCUCCACCUCCAUUUACUUACAUAUACGCGUAUCCGCCGCCGGGAGACUUGUACCACCCUAUUGACAAUUACUUUGGAGCGGCUGCGGCAGGAGAAAGCUUCUCGGUGGUGAAGCUGGUCGUGUUUGGAGUUAUUGUUUUUAUGAUUCUUUGAUUAUGAUCACAAUUUAUUGAGUUGUUGUUUUUGAACUCUUGUAUGGUUUCUUCGCAUUAAAGUUUUUCUUUUGCUUUUAACGGAUUGGCGUAUGUUUUAGCUGCAUGAUAUAUUGUCCGAGAUUAUAAUCGAUUGUCGAUUAAUUUUUCUAGUUAGGAUCGGAUAUGGUUCAAUAUUCGGAUUUUUCCGCUGCAACCAUUUAU